AUGGCUUCAAACGAAGGCCGUGUUCAAUCUAACUUGCAUCAGCAGGAUCUAUCUAAAUUGGAUGUCACAAAAUUAUCGGCAUUGUCUCCUGAAGUUAUAUCAAGACAGGCUACAAUCAACAUUGGAACAAUUGGGCAUGUAGCUCAUGGGAAGUCAACUGUUGUGAAAGCUAUAUCCGGAGUACAAACUGUCAGAUUUAAGAAUGAGCUUGAAAGAAACAUUACUAUUAAAUUGGAGCGUGUAUCUGACUCACUCAUAAGAAUGUUUUGUGAAAGAAGUGAAGAAAUAGCUGAAGAUAUAUUUCAAGGAAAAAUAAGUAAAGGAAAACAGAAUCAUCCCACACUGUCUGAGCCCGAAGAACCCCCUGCAAAGAAAAGAAAAAAGAAAACUCAAGAGCUAGAAGAGUUUAACAUUGAAUAUAUACUUGAUUUUAAGUUUGAAAAUGGUGUAGAAUAUUUCUUUAUAAAAUGGAGAGGCUGGCCAGAUAGCGAUAAUACUUGGGAGCCAAUUGAGAACUUAGAUAAUUGUCAUGAUAUUCUACGGUCAUUUUUAUUUCAUCAAGAAGAAAAACAUUGUAAGUCAUUUGAAAAACUUAUAGGUGAAUUGUCGUUUGACAACUUACUCAGUGAAGAGAAUCUUGUUAAAAGAUUAGUUGAUUUUGAAGAAUUUCCCUUGUUAACUUUAAAAGAUAAACUUUUAAUAAAACUAUUAAGCCUGACCACCCUCACUCUAAAAGAAGAAUGCCAUGUAGCAAACUUAGUGCAAGAAACACGAGAUAUCUUACAAAUGUAUGUUUUGGCUAGAAAAAGAUGUAGACAACUUAUGGGUUUAAAGCAAUGGGAGGAGUUUUUGAAUCAAGUGGAUAAAUGUAAGAGGUUAGUUGUUGAAAAUGAAUUUGAUUUGUGUGGCCCUCCAGAGAAUUUUACAUACAUCAAUGAAUGUAUUCCAGGGGUGGGAGUUGUUAUACCAACAGAACCACCCAUCGGUUGUGAUUGUUCUGCAUGCAAUUGUCGAUCAAAAGUCUGCUGCGGAAUGCAAGCUGGUCUAUUUGCAUAUACAAUUAAGAAAAGACUAAGAGUGGCAUCUGGCACGCCAAUCUUUGAGUGUAACAAAGCAUGUAAAUGUUCAGAUAAUUGUAACAAUCGUGUAGUGCAGAAAGGUAGAAACAUAAAGCUCACAAUAUUCAGGACCAAUAAUGGCUGUGGGUGGGGAGUUAAAACUAGUCAAAAAAUCUAUCAAGGUCAGUUUAUCUGUCAAUAUGUCGGUGAGGUCAUUACUUUUGAAGAAGCAGAAAAGCGUGGUAGGGAGUAUGAUGCCAAUGGCCUGACAUAUCUUUUUGAUUUGGACUUUAACUCUGCUGAGAAUCCUUAUACCAUUGAUGCAUGCAAUCUCGGUAAUGUAUCACAUUUUAUUAAUCACUCUUGUGAGCCAAAUCUUGGAGUUUGGGCAGUGUGGGCAGAUUGUCUUGAUCCAAAUUUACCCAUGUUAGCAUUAUUUGCGACGAGAAACAUUGAAGCUGGGGAAGAAAUUUGCUUUGACUACCUGCAUAGGACUAAUGAAGAAGAACCAACAUCACCACAUAAAGUACCACAAGAAGUAAGUGAUCCAGACACAAACCUGCCGUCUCCUUCAGAAGGCAACACAGCCAGUUCUCCAGUAUCUCCAGUAAAAUUGAGAUAUGAAGUACAUCAAAAUAAGAGUUUGAGAAAACAAACAGAGUGUAAAUGUGGAGCUGUUAAGUGUUACGCGAACGCGAAAAUCUACAAAUGUGACAACCCAAAAUGUCCUCGGCCCACAAGUUUUAUAUCGGGCGGAUCCUCUAAGGACGAUAGCUUUCCCUGUUUGAGGCCAUCAUGUUCGGGCCGUUUCCAACUCAUAAGGCACGUCAGUUUUGUGGACUGUCCCGGGCACGACAUUCUCAUGGCCACUAUGCUUAACGGAGCCGCCGUUAUGGACGCUGCCUUACUUUUAAUCGCUGGUAACGAAUCCUGCCCUCAACCACAAACAAGUGAACACUUGGCUGCCAUUGAAAUCAUGAAGCUGAAACAUAUUCUCAUCCUCCAAAAUAAAAUAGAUCUGGUCAAAGAAGGCCAGGCCAAGGAACAACAUGAGCAAAUCGUCAAGUUCGUUCAAGGCACAGUGGCCGAUGGUGCUCCCAUUAUACCCAUAUCUGCUCAACUUAAAUAUAAUAUUGAGGUGCUAUGCGAAUAUAUAACAAAAAAAAUCCCAGUGCCGAUGCGUGAUUUUACCUCUCCGCCCCGUAUGAUUGUGAUUCGGUCCUUCGAUGUUAACAAGCCGGGUUGUGAGGUCGAUGACCUCAGGGGCGGAGUCGCCGGUGGCUCUAUUCUUCAGGGAGUUUUGACUGUUGGUAUGGAGAUAGAGGUCCGCCCGGGUCUCGUAAGCAAAGACGCGGAAGGCAAGUUGACAUGUCGUCCGAUAUUUUCUCGAAUCGUCUCCUUGUUCGCGGAACAAAACGAACUUCAGUUUGCGGCGCCCGGAGGACUCAUUGGGGUUGGAACUAGGAUUGAACCCACGCUUUGCAGAGCUGAUCGGCUGGUCGGACAGGUAUUAGGUGCGGUGGGAGCUCUGCCAGGUAUCUUCGUGAAGCUGGAAGUCUCCUACUACCUUCUCAAGCGACUCCUCGGAGUACGGACCGAGGGAGACAAGAAAGCUGCCAAGGUUCAGAAGUUGACGAAGAACGAGGCACUACUAGUUAACAUUGGAUCUCUAAGUACGGGUGGCCGUGUGAUUGCAACUAAAGCUGAUUUGGCCAAAAUAGCCCUUACCAGCCCUGUUUGUACCGAGGUCGGGGAAAAGGUGGCUCUCAGUCGUAGAGUGGAAAACCAUUGGAGAUUGAUUGGUUGGGGACAAAUUCAAGGUGGUGAGACAAUCGAGCCUUUAAAGAAUUAA